UCGAAACUAGAAAUUUGUCACCUGCUUUUGUUUACUCUAGAGCGACGCAUCGCAAUGUUGACCAGUUCUCAUAGGAUACUGAAACGUGCUUCAUGAUGACACACUGUGGAUGAGCAUGUCGCGGGACGCAAUGAACUGUAUUUGACUUAGCGUGUUGUAAAUACCGAAAGUGUGUCGCUCUUGGGUAUAGGAAGUAGCCGCGUGUGCACCUUCUUCCGGCUGAGUCGGAAGCUCUGAAAGCUAGGAAGGAAACGGCGGGGGACGCGUGGCACAAAAGUGAUCAAGCAAAUAGGAAUGCGCUCUCGCUCGAAGAAAAUAAAACGUUCUUGAGUUGUAGAGUGAAUAGUGGUAAGACUACAGUUGGACCUUGAGGCUUGCUUUGGUGUUCCGUUAAUUAAUUUUGGUAAGAUUUCAAUUGAAAAGUAGUUGCCUUAAGUUUGUCGGAAGAGCUUAGGUAAAUUUCAUUAUAAUUAACUCUGACUUCUGCCUACAUUAAUUUUCAAAAAUAUUUUUUCGGCGAUUUGUAUUUUUUGUUUGUAAGUAAGACAAGUUUCCUUUGGCUCAUUUAGCAUUACGUGUACAGUUUGGAGUCGUUGGCAGGCGCCAGGCAGGAAGCCCCGAAGUUCGAAAGAUUCAGGAAUGAAUCAUAUUUUCAGUAAAUCUUCAGUACGUCAGAAUAUUGUCAAUUAGUAUUUUGUUAACAUUGACAUUGGCUUUACAGUAAAUAGAUGAAAUUUAUAAACCGUGGCAUAACAUAUAAAUACCAUAAUGCUUCAAUUUUCUAUGAAAUUACCACUACAUUUCGAAAAGCAUAAGUGUGAGCGCAUGUGCUUAAGAUUUCAUCUUCAUUGCUACGUUUGAAAACAAAACUUAUCCCAAUCCAGAUACGUGAUAUAUUUUGUUGCUGUUUCUGAUUUGUUGCAUUGCGUAAUAGGGUUCUUGAGAGAGCAUAGAACAUAUGGCAGUAUAUAGUGACCGUGUGAUGAUGCACCUGAGACCGUAUUUAAUAAAAAAUUACCGUGUGGUUUGUGACCAAAAGUAUUACGAAUUUGUGCAGGAGCACAAUUAAAGUUUACGAACAUUUAUAUAUAUCAACUAGGUUGCAUUUUUGUGGCAGUCUCCCUUGUCGAAAUCGUAUUCAUGGAUGUCACGUCAGCCGGACCCGAUGUUAGCUUCCAUGUAGCAGCAACAGCGUUUCCUCCCCAGCAAGGAGGUGGGGCUGCGCCCCCGGGAGGGCCACAGCUGAGGGGACUUCAUCAUCCUCAUCACGGGGCAAAUCCUCCUCUACCCCCAGCACACCAGCAACAGCCACCACCUCCUAAUAAUAAUCAGCAUUCAGGUGGACCACCUGGCCCAGCACCAACUUCUACACCUCCUGGUCCAGCAGAUAUGGGCAAGCAGGGUCCACCCCACCUUCAAGCACAGCCUCAGAUUCCUCAAGGUGGGCAGAUGCAGUUGAAUUUUGGUGUGCCGAAUCAGACUAGGCCAAAUCAGUCUCAGCCUUAUUUUACUGGCCCACGAGGUCCCACACCAAGAAUGCCCAAUCAUAGAGGUCAAGUUGUCAAUAUGUCAACAAAUAAUGUUGGACAACAAAUCUUUCCCUCUCAUGUACCUAUUCAGCAAAUGCAAAUGUACCCUGUGUCUCCCAUUAAUCCAAGUCAAAUGUUCGUACCUAGCCAAAUGCAAAUGAGUAUUAUGAAAAUGUUGAAGAAGAGUAUUAAUGAAAUGUUGAAGAAGAGUAUUAUGAAAAUGUUGAAGAAGAGUAUUAUGAAAAUGUUGAAGAAGAGUAUUAUGAAAAUGUUGAAGAAGAGUAGUAUGAAAAUGUUGAAGAAGAGUAGUAUGAAAAUGUUGAGAGGUACUGGUUCCCGUCAUCAAGGUGGUGGAACUAAUUAUUUUCCAAGCCCUGCUGGUCAACAACUGAUGAUGCCACAGCAGAUACCUUACCAGGGAUUUCAACCAAGCCAAUCAUUUUUUUAUCAAAGUGCUGGUAUGGCUGGAGCCCCUGGUGGUGUUGGUCCAGGGCUUGCAGCAGGUGCAAGUCAAACAGUUGUAGUAUCUGGUGCACCUCCGCCAAUGGGCCAGACUGGCCAAGUUUCAAUGAUGCCAAUUGCUAGUAACAAUGUAAUGGGUGUGACGGGGCUUGCUGGAGACUCGGGCACCCCUUCUGGCCCUGUAUCAAGUAGCAGUAGUUCUGGCAGCAAACAGACCCGACGCAAACAUGCCUUGGAUGUUGUGGAUCCUAAAACAAUGAAGAACGUUGAUAUAUAUGAAUCAAGUGGAAGCAGUACGCCACCGAGGUCAGGUGAUUCCAGUGCCAGAGAAACUCCUCAACCA